AUGAAUAAUAAUCAAGACCUAAAAGACAAACUCGCAGAGCAAUAUGUGAACAUAGCAUUGAAACAUUUCCAAUACAAGGAAGUUAAGAGCGAGGAACUAAUUGAACUUAAUAGACAAAAAAUCAAACAAUUACUUGAGGAAAAUGAGAGAAUUCUUGAGGAACAAUUAAAAUCAUCAAAAAGAAGAGCAUUUUCUGACCAUUCCAAGUCAUUGAGAGUUAAAGGUUCUCGAGAAAGUAGCAGUAGCAGCAGGAGCAAUGACUCAAUGGGGAAAAAAUCAAUCACGUUGAAAUUUCAAGAUUUCCAACCAGAUGGAUCUGUUAAGAGUAAGUUUGUAAAUCCCCGACUAUUUUCAAUUCCUCAUGUUAAACCCAUUCCAAAAUACACAAUAUGGACUCCUAUUAUAAGAAACAUUAAGACAAAAGAUGAUCCAGUGUUGAGACAUCUUUAUUAUUUUGGAGAAGGUGCUGAACAUGAUUUAGAUAUUGAUUUUUACAUGGAUGUCUUUGAUAAAAUUGAUUUUGGAUCUUCUAAAUUUGAUAACGAUGAAUGUAAGAAACAAUUACAAUCUGAGAUUGACGAUCGUGUUAAAGAGUUUAGUCCAUUGAAAGAAACUAAUGGAAAGGAUGUUUCUAAAAUCUUUAAAAAUUUACAGUGUAUUAAUCAAUUACCACGUAAAGUUACGAAAAAACUUCAUCCAGCUCCAAAUCCAAAUGAAGAACCAUGUAAAAAUGACUGUUAUCGUUACUUGAUAGAGAAAGUUGAUUAUAGUGAACAAAGCUUGGAAUCUGAGUGGAAUGAUGAGGAAAUUGCAUUAUUUAAUGAAUCAUGUAGAUUAAUCGGUACUGAAGAUUAUUGUGCAUUAGCUGUUAUAAUCAAAUCUAAGUCUUGUAAAGAGGUUUAUCAGAAAUCACAAUCUGUUGAUGACAUUAUUACAAGCAGUGAAGAAGAUCCAAAAUUAAUUAAUAAAAAAGCAUCAAACAGAGCAGUGAUAAUUGAUAAUGACGCCUAUAAACAAGCAGAGUAUAAUCCAUGCUAUCAUCCUGGUGAAGAUUGUACAAGUGCUAAAUGCAGUUGUUUAAAAGGGAAUCUUUACUGUGAAAAGUAUUGUCACUGUGAGGAGAAUUGUGAAAGAAGAUUUCAAGGUUGCAAAUGUAAUUAUAGCAAAGAUUGUGUUUGUGGAACAAAAAAAUGUCCUUGUUUUGAAAAUAAUCGAGAAUGUGACUUUGAUAUAUGCAAAUGUCCAGCUGGAGUACAAUGCAUCUAUAACUCUGAUACUUAUUGUAAAAAUGUUAUGGUUCAGCAAGGACGUUCCAAAUCAACCAUAAUUGGUUUUUCAACGGUGGCAGGGUGGGGACUAUUUAUGAGAGAAGAAGUCAGAAAGAGCGAAUACAUUGGUGAAUACAUUGGCGAAAUUAUAUCACAUGCAGAAGCUGAUCGACGAGGAAAAAUUUAUGAUAAACGUCGUAGUAGUUUCUUGUUUAACCUGAACAUAGACACAGUAAUUGAUGCCACUAGAAAAGGCAAUAAAUUAAGAUUCAUAAACCAUUCAAAUUCGCCUAAUACAAAUUGCCGUGUGGUUAUGGCAAAUGGAGAACAUCACAUUGCUAUCUAUGCUGCUCAACUUAUAAAACCCGGCGAAGAAUUAUUUUAUGAUUACCAUUUAGAAUCCCACAGAAACAAUAACAAAGCAAGCCGCAUUAAGAUUUCAGGAUCCCACAGAAACAAUAAGAAGCAAGCCGCAUUAAGGUUUCAGGAUCUCACAGAAACAAUAAAGAAGCAAGCCGCAUUAAGAUUUCAAGGAUCCCACAGAAACAAUAAAGAAGCAAGCCGCAUUAAGAUUUCAGGAUCCCACAGAAACAAUAAAGAAGCAAGUCGCAUUAAGGUUUCAGGAUCCCACAGAAACAAUAAAGAAGCAAGUCGCAUUAAGCAAGCCGCAUUAAGAUUUCAUGAUUCCACAGAAACAAUAAAGAAGCAAGCCGCAUUAAGAUUUCAGGAUCCCACAGAAACAAUAAAGAAGCAAGCCGCAUUAAGGUUUCAGGAUCUCACAGAAACAAUAAAGAAGCAAGCCGCAUUAAGAUUUCAGGAUCCCACAGAGACUAAAAGCGAAGCAAGCUGCACUCUUUUUGAUGAUCAAUGA